UGAGCCUGCAGGUUGUCCUCCUGGGCACUGGCCUGAGAGCUUCCAGCAGGUGCUUCCUCCCACACACUUCCAUGGGGCCAAGGCAAGAGCCACAAAGGCCACCAUGGGACCGUUCCCCUAACCGAUGCUGCAAACCCGAGAAAGUUUGGGAUGGCGGUGGCUGGAACUGGGUGUGCAAUGGCCCCACCCCUAAGAAGGUGGAGGAGGAUGCUGGCCAGCUCCCCAUAGAAAACCCCAGGAGUUGUGCUGCACAAUUCACAAGGCAGAGCUCUACACGUCUGCACCAUGUCCUGGGCUCCUGCAUUGUUGGUGCUCCUCGCCCACUGCACAGGUUGUGUCCCUCAGCCGGUGCUGAAUCAGCCACCGUCCGUGUCCUCGUUUCUUGGAACCACAAUCAGACUGGCCUGCACCUUGAGCAGCGACCAUGAUGUCAGCAUUUAUAGCAUCUACUGGUACCAGCAGAGGCCGGGCCACCCUCCAAGAUUCUUGCUGAGAUAUUCCUCCCGUUUAGACAAGAAACAGGGCCCCAAAAUCCCCCCACGCUUCUCUGGAUCCAAAGACGUGACCAAGAACACGGCGUAUUUGAGUAUCUCUGAGCUGCAGCCUGAGGAUGAGGCUAUUUAUUACUGUGCUGUGGGGGCCGAGGGCUCGGAGAAGGACAAGGAGAUGGAGAGGGAGAGUGCAGAAGGAAAGGAACCUGCUGCUUCAGUGUCCCAGGCACCCCAGGACACGCUCACCGUGAACUAAAGACAGAAGGGGCAUGCAUCCCUCAGAGAGGAUGAGGAGGGCGGAGGGCCAUGGGCUGCCCAUAGCAGAUGCUCCUUGUCCAGCUAGGCCCUGUUGGAGGCUGGAU